CAGGCCUCCGAGGCCGUCCCCGCCUCCGUCCCCCCCGCGGUCGCCGCCCCGACGCCCCAGGCGCCGUACGACUGGUCCGCGGGCUGGCAAAAGACCUUCCCCGUCCACCAGUCGUGCAACUCGACCCUCCGCGCCCAGCUCGAGGCCGCCCUCGCCGAGACCCAGCAGCUCGCGGCCCACGCGCGCGACCACAUCCUCCGCUUCGGCAACUCGUCCGAGCACGUCCGCAAGUACUUUGGCGACGCGCCCACCGCCACCCCCGUCGGCUGGUACGACCGCGUCGUCAACGCCGACAAGACCGGCAUGACCUUCCGCUGCGACGACCCGGACCGCAACUGCGCCACCCAGGACGGCUGGGCCGGCCACUGGCGCGGCGACAACGCCACCCAGGAGACCGUCAUCUGCCCGCUGUCCUUCGAGAUCCGCCGCCCGCUCUCCGCCGUCUGCGGCCUCGGCUACACCGUCGCCGGCGCCAAGCUCAACACCUACUGGGCCACCGACCUCCUCCACCGCGUCCUCCACGUCCCCCUCAUCUCCGAGGGCGUCGUGGAGCACUACGCCGAGGACUACGCCGAGGCCCUCGCCCUCGCCAAGAACAACGCCACCUACGCCGUCGUCGACAGCGACGCCCUCCAGUACUUCGCCAUCGACGUCUGGGCCUACGACAUCGCCGCCCCCGGCGUCGGCUGUUCCGGCGAGCUCGAGGAGGACGAGGACGAGGAGGAGGAGAAGCCAACUUCCACGACCGCUGCCGCCGGUUCCGCCGCCACAACACCCGCCGCAACCUCCAGCGCGCCCCAGGAGUGCCACACCCACGCCGACGGUGCCCUGCACUGCGUCUAAGCGGCAUCGCCUAGUCUCUUCCUUCUUCCUCUGCUUUUCGACUCCAAGACAAAGCCCUGGGCAUGAACGAGAAGGAUAAGAGGAAAUAGGAUUCGAACGUGAAGGAGCGGAGUAAGGGGUUACAUGAACCUUGCAAUAUUCUACUAUGCAUGCCGGAACGAUACCACUGGUUCAAUGAUUAGACGAAUGAGGAAACAUUCCAAACGGCUUUUUUUUUUUUUUUUUUUUUUCAUGAGAGGAUUUCUUAAUGCACAUAGACCUUAGAACAAACACCCUCAUUAUUUAUAAGUCGAAUAAUAAUAAUAAUGCCA